CAGGGUACAGAGCGGGUAACCCUCGACACCAUCAACGCUGAGAUGCAACAACAUCUGGAUAUCGACAUGAGUCGUUCUUGUUUACGCAAGGUGCUGCUGCAAAACGGCUUCCGUUUUCGUAAAGUUGAUAAGCGGCGCCUCUUAUCAGAAAGGCGAGAGAUUGUUGCCGCCAGGGCUUCCUACCUCCGGUCUAUCAGACGCUUGCGCCAGUCCGUACCUGACAGUCGCUUUGUAUUCCUUGACGAGACCUGGUUCAGCCAAAACGACGUCCAAGAGCGAGGUUGGCUGGACACAGCUGAGAUAACCGGCCGUAAAACAUCAAUCGGCAAGGGACGAAGACUAGUAAUUCUGCACGCGGGAUCCAGCCGCGGAUUUGUUAGCGGAGCGCUCUUCAGCACACGAAAUGAUGGACAAGCAGCAGACUACCACUCCAACAUGUCGGCAGACAAAUUCGAGAAGUGGUUUUCUGAACAGCUUCUACCCAACAUUGAACCGGGAAGUGUCAUCGUCAUGGACAACGCGUCCUACCACUCAAGACAAAAAGAAAGAGCCCCCACAACCACCUGGCGAAAAAAGGACAUCCAGGACUGGCUGGAUGAGCGAGGCUUGCAGUACGACGACGACCUGCGCAAGCCGGAGCUCGUGCAGCUGGUGAAGAGCCUGCACCUCCCAAAGAAGUAUGUGAUCGAUGAGCUGGCCGCGGAGAAGGGACACCAGAUUCUUCGCCUCCCUCCUUAUCACUGCGACCUUAAUCCCAUCGAGCUCAUCUGGUCUCAGCUGAAGGGACUGAUGCGUCAGAGGAACCAGGGAGGAAGGCUGGAGGCGCUGGAAAAAUUGCUGGUCCAGUGCACCGAAGACAUCACGCCACAGCUGUGGGAGAGUUGCUGUCGGCACGUCACUGACCUGGAGAACGACUACUGGAGGAAAGACGGCCUUCUAGACGACCUGGACCCAGUAGUCGUGAACAUCGGCAGCGACAGCGAGGACAGCGACGACGACGACGACGACGACGACCAGACUGAGUGAUCUUGUUCCGAUCGCUUUGUUGUUCUGCCUGGUUUGUAGUCGGCUGGUUGGUCGAUUUGUUGUGUGUUCGAUCAGUAGGCCGCUGUUUUUUCCCGUCGGGCAGUUAGUCAUUGGUGGUCAGUCCGCUUACUUUGGACCAGUGAGUCUGUUUGUUCUAUGUCGCCGGAUAUAAUGUGUUUAUGUCUGUGUUUCGUGACUCGCUGUUUUAGCUGGGCUGUCCUUUAUAUCCGUCUGGUCUUUUACCUUACCGCCGAAUUCACGGUCGAAGCUUGUUCCUGGUCACGCUGAAUACGUUUCCAUACAUGAAUACGAAGUGUCUAUAUCAUCUUAAUUUGACGAGUUCAGU